AGUUGGAGGUGGCUUUGCGGCUGGCCUGGGUGCCGUACGGCGAGCGGAACCUUCCGCGAACUCGUCCCGGCGAUCGCCAGUGCGCGGGGCCGGGGCCGGGGCCGGGGCCGGGGCCGGGGGGCGGCCAUGGCCAGUACAAUGGUGGCGGUUGGCCUGACCAUAGCAGCAGCUGGAUUUGCAGGUUUGUAGAUGAUGGGAGAACACUGAACACCCGGUUGUGCUUACCGUUGCCUGCUUCAGUACGGAUGAAUUUUAAGGUCGCUAUGCACUAAAAGCUAUGAAACAAAUGGAGCCACAAGUAAAACAAGCACUUCAGAACCUACCAAAACCUGACUUCAGUGGUUAUUACAGAGGUGGAUUUGAACCCAAAAUGACUAAACGAGAAGCAGCUUUAAUACUAGGAGUGAGCCCUACAGCAAACAGAAGUAAAAUCAGAGAAGCUCAUAGACGAAUCAUGCUUCUGAAUCAUCCAGAUAAAGGUGGCUCUCCAUAUGUAGCAGCCAAAAUCAAUGAAGCUAAAGAUUUACUGGAAGACCAAGCUAAAAAAUGAGAAAAUCAGAGGGUUUGUUCACGCAAAUGAUUAUUUUUGAUAAAACAGCUUAAGAAAAGUUCUAAUGUCAGUCUUUGACUUAAUACAAGUGAAGCUGGAAAUAUGAAUUCAGGGAGGUACUUCCCUCCCCACUCACUUCUUAGUCACUUUUUGGGUAAGCAUGUGAGUGAGUGAGACUUCAGGGGUUUUUUCAUAGCUGUUCUUUAUUAAGCAGCAAAAUCUGCCACUCAAAUAUUUUCAGUGUAAAAGAGUAGUAACUGGUUUGGUUAAUGCGUGUUACCAGACUUCCAUGCUGUUAACUAAUUUUUGUUAAAAGUAGCUAUGUUUAAAGUUCACGCUGCUGUUCUUCCACAUGCCGAAGGUAGCACAAGGGACCGGUUUGGGCAGGGAAAAAACCAAGAGGAUUUAUUUGAUGGGAAGAAUUGGACAGAUUCUGUGGUUGUCUCUGGCUGAAGAAAUAAAAUACAGGAAACUAUACACUAGAUUGUCUUUGCCUUGUGAAUAACAAGGUUGGUUGAGCUUCUUUCAUUGGGUCUGGAAUGUCCCAGAUUUCUUAGUAACUUUCAGUUUUUAAUGGAUUUUAUAGCAUUUAAUAAAUUCCAAAUUUGUAUUAA